AUGUCCAAGCUCCGUGCCGCUGGAGUCGAACUUUCCGACGAUGAUAUGUACGAUUCGGACAACGAAGCUCCUCAAACUGGCCCGAUGGUCGAAGACGAUCCAGAUGGAGUCGAUUUUGACUCUGACGACAACGAGUCCAACAUGCUAGCGAAGCAAAUGCAGUUCACUCCGGCAGACAGCACGAUGGUGUUUGAGCUCAACGAGAAGCGAAUUAUGGAAGAAGCUAUAAUGCGAGAGAAGGAGAACAAGAGCCCGGAUGGAGAUGAAACUGCCUUGUUAGAGGGAACAAUGUGUGACAAUACGGUCAAUAUGAAUGAUACCGAUUUGUUAGACCAGACAACAACUGGGAAUGAGUUCAAGCAGCCGCCAAACCCAGCGGACAUGACCGUUAUUGACGAGGACGACGAAAUCUGCAUCAAAAUCAAGUCAUCCGCGAAAAAGUUCCGCACCCCCGCGUCGACCAGUUCCGAUCGCGCGGAAGAUAAAACAAUUGAAGUUGGAAAACCGAACCUUGAAGAAACUGAUCUUGGUUUGAGUGAAACGAUCGCGGGAAAGACGGUCUUGGAGGUGACCUCUGGGGAGUUUGAAAAGACUGAAAUGGGGUUUGAAAAUGAAGAAGCAGUAACUGUCGAAGAAGCUGCUCCGGAAGAAUCUAACUAUGCUACAGCUCUCACAACGCCUGUUGUAGAGGCGUCUCCAUUACACGAAGUUACUGAAAAGCCCAAAGAAGAAGCUCCAGUUGAAACUUCCGCGUUUCCAGCAGCCGAAGAAGCUCCAGAGCCGCCAAAACCGGAAGAAGAUGAAGAAAUUCCUCCUCCAGCAAAAGGUACUUACACAAUGGACUUCGACAAAUUCGACGAUCCCAAUUUCAACCCCUUCGCCACGUCUAAAACCGCUAUGCGCAAUUCUCCCGAGCCACAAGAAGACAUUCCAGUGCCUAAAGGAAGUUAUUCCGUCGAUUACGAUAAGUUUGACGACCCUAAUUUCAAUCCCUUUGAAAGUAAAAAAGCGAUGCAGAAUUCACCAACACCUGAGAAUCAACCUAAUACCUCAAUUUCAACAGGUAAGCCCUCUUUUUCUUCUCAUUUAGAAAAAAAAAUCAUUCAAGAAGCAAACAAAACGAUUGAAAUCACUGCCAAGCCCGAAGAAGUCACACCCGCCAAAAGUGAAAGCGAAAAAGAAAACAAUCACAGUUCAGAAGAUUUGCCAAGUUCAGAGAAUGUAAAUACAACAGUCACUAUCGCCCAAGCUGACGAAAUCGAAACACAAUCCCAAGAGUUCAAAUUAGAAUCGGCUUCGACUGAAACUCAAGAAGAACCUGAGUCCCUUCCUCAACCAUUAACGCGGACGCUUUCUUUGGGAGACAAAACACAGGAAGAUCAAUCGUUGCAUUCUGUCAUUGAACCAGCUACCGAGUCGGUGAUGGAAACCUCCGCGAUGAGCGUAGACGAGGAAGUUGCGAACAUUUCUCAAGAAGCCGAAGCAAUGGACGUUGACAACGAUGAACUACAACUUCCAAAGGGCGCUUAUUCCAUGGACUUUGACAAGAUAGACGACCCUAACUUCAAUCCAUUCGAGAGCAAAAAGGCGAUGCAAAACUCUCCGACGCCAGAUGAGACUCCUCUUCCUCCUAAAGGCGCGUACACUGUUGAUUUGGAUAAGUUUGACGAUCCAAACUUCAAUCCUUUCGAAUCCAAACGCGCCAUGGCCAACUCUCCCGUUGAAAAAGCACCUGUCAAAGAAACCGAACCUGCUCAGGAAUCAGUCUCAGAACCUCAAGCGGCUCCAGUCGAAGCAGCGAUUCCGGAUCCUGCUUUGAACAGGACAUCAACUCCUGAUAAUACAGAAGAUCCAGCUGUUCUGAAGGAGAUGGACAAAACAUUCUCUCCAGUCAAAGAAGCGCCAACAGCGGAAGCUCUUUCUACAGAAGAUCUUGAUGAGCUAAAUCAAACUUUUACGCCUCCAAAGGAACUGUCUCCUCCGAAACCGAAACCAAAAGAGCCAACUCCCGAACCUCCAGCAACUGAGGAUGACGCUCCACUUCCGGCCAAAGGCGCCUACAGUAUUGACUUCGACAAAUUUGACGAUCCAAAUUUCAACCCCUUUGAGAGCAAAAAAGCCAUGUCAAACUCGCCUACUCCCGCGGAGGAUGAAAUCAAGCCGAAAUCCGGCGCUUAUACAAUGGAUUUCGACAAGUUCGACGAUCCGAAUUUCAAUCCGUUCGAAUCCAAAGGGCCAAAAAUGGCCAACUCGCCCCCGCCCAGCGAAGCCAAAAAGGAGGAAAAAGAGAGUGAAGCUGCACCCGCGAAUGAUGAGGAGGAGCGCGCACCGCCAAAACUCGGUCAAAAUCGUAAAAAGGUCUCUCCGAAGGUGAUCAAACCAAAAGCUCUCAAGCCAAAAGUACAGGCCGAACCAGAGCCUAAGCCCGAAGAAGAGGAAACGCCACUUCCUGCCAAGGGCGCCUACAACAUCGAUUUUGAUAAAUUCGAUGAUCCAAAUUUCAACCCCUUCGAGACGAAGAAAGCGAUGCGCAAUUCACCAGAGUUGGAUAAGACAAUUGAGCCAGAGCCAGAAAAAGAGCCUGAAUUGGAAAAACUCGACGAGCAAAUGGCAGAUCCGGAUUACAAUCCCUUCGAAACAAAAUCUGGAGUGCGCAACUCUCCUUCUCCAGUUUUGGCCAAGCCGAAAACUUCUGGCUAUACAAUGGAUUUCGAUAAAUUCGACGAUCCAAACUUCAACCCCUUCGAAACCAAAAAGGGAUUGUCGAAUGUCGAAGUCUCUCCAGAAGAAGUUUCGCCGCAAAAUUUGACGAAGACGAUUUCAAAGAGUGAUCUCAACACGACUACGGGAAGCGACGACUUCCACUCAGCGGACGAAGGAAAUGAUGAAAAUGAAGAUCCGAAUCGUACUUUCGAAGUCCCACAAAAGGCAACUGAAAAAGGCGAUUCAAUUUCAACCUCUUUCGCAAAGGAAAAGUCGUUUAUGUCAACUCAGUCGACCGUGUCACAAGAAAAUUACAUCAGAGCGCUGGAGCAGCUUUUAUUCGAAGUCGAUGCUUCUUAUAAAAAGAAACUGGCGGCUUCCGAGACGCUAAUCUGCCGAAAAACGAUUGAAAACGAGCAGUUGAAGGCUGAUCUCGCAGCUGUUGAACAGGCGUCGGCGGAUCAACUUCAGCGACACAUGCGAGUCAAAGAAAAGUGCAUUCUCCAAGCUCAAAACGAAGAGAAACUUCGAAAGAACAACGACGACCUGCACGCUCGUCAUCAAGAAGAUCUCGACCGAUUCGAUGCUCUUCAUGAGCGAUCGAACAGGCUCGUGGCCAAAGCGAACGAAGAGAUUGAAAAGAUCGAGCAGGAAACGACCGUGAAGAUUCGAUGCUUGGAGGUCGAUAACAAAAAGAAAGAUCUCGAAAUGAACAGCAUGCGCGAGCAAAUCGCCCGCCUGGAGAAAGAAAAAGCAGAACUUCUCACCCUCUGCGACGAACUCGUCAACAACGUCCCAAGAUAA